UUAAAGUUUAAAAAACAAAACACAUGAAUAAACUAUUGCCGUCAUCGUCUCAAUCUUCCUCCUGGUCAGACUCUUGUUCCCCAAGUUUUGUUCUAUCUCAAAAAGUUCUUUAAUAGAAUCUUCAUCAACAAAACCUUUCUAAAUUCCAACCCAUACAUGGAACAAGGAUCAAACCGUAUCACUGAUGAUCACACAAGUGAUAUAAUGGAGAAUUUGCAGGUCAGAGAUAGAUGAAGACUACAUUAGUAAACUACCAGAUGAACUUCUUAGACAAAUUCUCACAAUUCACCCUUUGGAUUCUGGAUCGAAAGCUGUAGCUCUCUUUACAGGGUUAUGGAACAGACCUUACAUCAAACAUGGAGGAGCAACAUUCAAUAUUCAAGAUUUUGAAUCGGUAAUUGGUGAUUUUCUGGUUGGUUUUGAUGAAAAUAAUCCUCUAAAAAUGCCCAGAAAACUUGAAGUCCAUUGUAGUAAAGGUUUGUUCAUUACUGCAUCACUUGAGAUGAACAGAAAACUGAAUCUUGAUUUUCCUAAAGGAUAUCAAGAAUUCCCAAGGCAAUUUGGGUGGGAGAUUGUGUUGAACACCAUGGAUUUGGCACAUUCUUCUCCAUAUCCGUUUUCUGUCAAGACCCUUAAAUUGACUUCUGUUAACUAUCUAAGUUGUGAAUUAGUUUCUUCUUUGAUCAACAAGUUUCGGUAUGUUGAGACUUUGAUCAUUGAGAAAUGUGAUGGAUUGAGGUCUUUGAGAGUUGAAGGGCUUGCUAAGCUUACAAGUUUAAGCGUUUUAGAUUGUGUUGAUCUUAAGUCGGUGUAUGUGGAGGCAUUGGAGCUCAACACUCUUCGUUAUAGUGGGUUUCUUUGUUGGUUUUCUUUGGAAAAUUUGCUGUACUUGAAAAAUGUCAAGUUAGAUUUCAAGGGUCCAGGGUUCAACCACUUGGUCCAUGGCCUCUAUAAUCCACUCUUGCGAGCAAUUCGAGAUGUAAGCGUGCUUACACUUCAUGGAUGGACGUUUAAGGAAGUCUUUGGACCAUUGUUGUCCUCAAAGCACAAUGAGCAACAUUUCAAUUUCAGUAAACUUGAGGAGUUGUGGUGGAUUGAUAGUUGUAUGGAAGAUCAUAACAUCAAAUCAUUAUUUCAUUUUUUGAAGUUUUGCACUUCUCUCAAGAGGUUAUUCAUAAGUAUUGUCACUCGAAGCUACUCGAAGUCCUGUGAACGUGAGUGCUCCACCAAGGUCCAAAAAGGGCGAUUGCGCAAGCUCAAAGUGGUGAAAAUGGAGGGAUUUGAGAAGGAAGAAGACAUCAUCUUGUUCAAGGAGCAUUUGAUGGAAGUUUUCAAUGUUGAACCUCGAAUCGUAGAGGUGAGAAAGGGAAGACAUGAUAGGUGUUUGUUAAGAAUCCCCAAACAUCAGGCUAGUGCUAAAGCAACAAAAUCUAUUAAGUUCAAGUUUUCUUACAAGUUUGUGGAAGAAGUUGAAGAUAGUUUAAGUUCUAAGCAUCCUCAUAUGCCAUAAAGACUCAUCUUUUACAUGUUAUGUAUGACCAAAUUUGUAAAUGUAACUAUGGACUUUUUGCAGUUUUAGAAUGGCUGAAUGGAAGAAUAUAAUGAUUAUAUGCGAGUA